AUGAAGGCCCAGCAUUUGUACAGCCCGGGCUUCUUCCACCUUGCGGUUGUUGGCACUUCAGGAUGUGGGAAGUCGUCCUUUAUCAAUGCCGUCCAUGGCCUGUCUAACAAUCAUGACUCGGAUGACUCCAUCGUUGCUCGUACGGAGAUUGUUGAAUGUACCAAUAAGGCCACAAGAUACCCUGAUCCGCGCCCAAACUCCCGGAUCAUUUGGUACGAUAUUCCCAGUGCAGGUACUCCAAAUAUGCCUGACUGGCAGUACUUCAAUAACUUGGGCCUCUAUAUCUUCGACUGCAUCAUUGUGCUAUUCGACAAUCGUUUCUCGGAGUCCAACCUCACCAUCCUCCGCACCUGCGAGCAGUUCAAGAAUGUCGAGGCAUUCAUCGUUCGCUCCAAGUCGGACCAGCACAUCAACAACAUGGCGUUUACAGCGUGCGAUAAAAUGCCACAAGGGUUCGACCCUUCAGACAUUGACGACAAGCUUACACAUGAUCGUUUUCGGCAAAUCAAAUCUGAAGAACAGAGGAGAUUCAUUGACAAAACGCGCCAGAAUGUGCAAACCAACCUUGAGAGCAACAACCUCUCACCUCAGAAGGUCUAUAUUGUUUGCAAGGAUGCUAUGCUUACGAUGUGGAGUAACUCGCUCUCCUCAAAGGCAAUUGAUGAGGCAGAAACUUUGGAAUGA